AUGUUGAAUUUAGAAAAACUUAGUUUAUGUCUUAUAGUUCAUGGCAAGAACACAUUUGUUGAUGGUAAUGAUUUGAAAAAAAAUAUUAUCAAUAAUAUGUCACGAUUAAACAAAUUUCUUUUUAACAUUUGUUCAACUAUUCGUAUUCAUAAUCAAAUUAAUUUACCAUCGAAAGAAGAUAUUCAGUAUACAUUCAAAGAUUUUCAAAAUAAUCAUAUUAUUUCUUGUGUUGAUCAUUUUUUUGAGGCUGAACGAAGUCAAUGUCAUAUUUAUUCAUAUCCAUAUACACUGAAUUAUUACGAGAACAUAACGAAUAAUUUUCCAGGUGGAUUCUUUAAAUUUGUUUCUGUAAUAUCAUUAUUUGAUGAACGACCUUUUGAACAUGAAUUUUUUCUUCGAAUUGCUCAAUCAUUUCCAUUUAUGAAAAAAUUAACUUUAAUUAACAUGAAACCUCAAUAUGGUAAACGAAAUAAAAAAUCAGAAGAUGACAAUCAAGAUUUAUCAAUCAUUGAAUAUCUUCAUCUUACUAUGCUUGAUCUUAUUGAAGCUCAUGAAGAUUAUAUUGAACAAUUUCUAAUUGAUACGAAAACGUGUUUGGCGAAUAAUGUUUUUCUUGCUGUGCUGUAUCAACCACUGAGAAGAGUAACAGAAAAGUCUAUAAAAAAUGCAACACGAAUCAAUUGUGAAAAGUUGCGUCUUUUAGGUGUACAGGGUAAAUAUAGAACUCCUAAAUAUGUAAAACAAUAUUUUCCUCAUACAAAAAUAUUAUGA